CAGAGUGGGCAGUUUUGCUGGAGAAUCUACUGUCCAUGAAGACACAGGUAAAAUGGUUUACAGGAAACAUCUAAAAAGCUUCAUGGUCUGCAUCAUGGUUGCGGUGACAGUCGUCAACAUAUGUCUUAAUCUUAACGUACAAUCAGAGUUCUGGUAUUUGCAUCCUAACGGACAAUCCCGAUUCUUAAAAUUGUCAGAACGUUAUUUUGUGGCCUAUCCAAGGAAUUAUACAUUUAUCAUGGAUGAAACCCUGACAUGUAAGACCACAACUCCUUUCCUGAUCCUGAUGGUUCCUGUUGCACCAAGUGACGUUCCUGCCCGUGAUGCCAUCCGAAAUACAUGGGGAAAGAAGAAAGUUGUUCUUGGUCGGCUGGUUGAGACUCUGUUUGUAUUGGGUUUACCUGGAGGAAAUGAUGCUGAGCAGCAGCAGGAGCAACUCAAACAGGAGAAUGCGAAACAUCACGACCUCAUUCAAGGAAAUUUCAAGGACAGCUAUCACAAUUUGACCAUCAAGACCAUGGUCAUACUGAAGUGGGUGGCUCAGCACUGUGCCAAGACUUCUUAUGUUUUAAAGAUUGACUCGGAUAUAUUACUUCACGUCCAGAAUCUGGUUAAAUUGUUGUUAGAUCCCAGAACAGCCAAAAAAAAUUACAUGACAGGUUUGAUAUGGUGGCAUAGCCCAGUUGUUAGAAACCCAUUCAGAAAGUUCUACAUGCCAAGAUUUAUCAUUCAUGAGCCAGAAUACCCCCCAUAUGCUCUGGGCAUGGCCUAUGUCAUGUCUAUGGACCUCCCAAAGAAAAUCUUGGAUGUGUCACCUCAAAUUAAACCUGUCUACAUUGAAGAUGCCUACCUGGGCAUGUGUUUAAAACGUCUGGGUCUUUCUCCUACUGACCCUCCUAAAAAAUCUAUGUUUGUUAUUAACCCUUUGUUUUCUCUGAGCAAUUGUAGGCUCUCAAAAGUGAUUGCUGUGACAACAAAAAGCACUUCACAUAUGCUGUGGUACUGGAAGAGGAUCAUACAGGGAGCUCAGUGCUUAACUUCAUCAUAAACUUUACAUAAACUUUCUAAUUGUGGGACCCUUGGUUUUUAUCAUGUAUACAGUUAAAAUAUUUAAAAAAGGGUUUUGUUUGUUUGUAAAAUGAAAAUGUAUUUUUAAAUUUGAAAAGUUUUGCACUUGACGUUUACUAUUUAUGUUACAUUUAUGACAACACUGUAUUUGUAUAUCUGUAGGACACACGGGUCAGCAAAAACAAGCCAAGUUACAUUAUGACAGUGACCAAAGGUGCAACCCACUACACGUGUCUUUCUUAGCCUGAGCUGCUUGCUCAUAUUAGUGUCUUGGUUAUAGUUUUGUGGUUUAUUCUCUCUUUCUUUAGAUCAGCAUUGUAUGGGGUAAUUAUUUUUCUUUCCAUUCAGUGUUUCUAAAACCAUCUCUGCAUGGUUAGCUAAAUAAUAUAAUGUUUAAGGUUUGAGUAGAAUUUUUUUUCUUCACAUGUAUCUGCUCAGUUUUUUAGUAAUGCAGCAUAUGAACAAAAGUCUGUUAGGUCACAUGUAACAAUUAAAAAUCAGGUAGAGUUAAUGGGUUCAUGCUCCUCCAGU